GAAUGCGGCGACAUCGCUCGCGCGCCGCCUUCCCGGGUCGGAGGAGAGGCCGGUUCGCAUUCGGACGGCCGUGACGAGGGCGCCCCCCCCGCCCGUCCCCGAGACCCAUACGCGGCCGUUACGCCCGCCUUGCAGCCAGUCCAGUAGCCGUGCGGGGAGCGGGGCAGGUGGCGCUCGGAGCCCUCCUCGGUCCCUCCCCGGCUUGGACGCUCCUCCCGCUGCCCGCCUCGCCGGCUUGGCUGCCUUUCUCCCGCGCCGGAGCCUGGCAGAGCCGCGCCAAAGGCCUUGGGGGGCGCGCCUUCGCGCGUGUGCCGGGAUCCGUGUACCUGCCGCCGUCCCCACGACCCCUGGGCGAGAAAACCCCGAAGAUUAACCAUCAUGGGGAAGUGUGUCGCGGUGUGCUGGCUAGCCAUUUUCUUGAUUUUGCUGCAGACUGAUGUGACUCUUUCCAAAAGGAAGCCCAAACCCAGCGGGGGUGGCUGGAAUACAGGGCAACGUCCUGGCUAUCCCCAGCAACCUGGAUAUCCUCCAGGCCAGCGCCCCGGCUAUCCCCAGCAACCUGGCUACCCACCACGACAACCUGGGUACCCCCAAUCUGGUUACCCACAACCUGGUUAUGGAGGUGGCUACGGAGGCGGCUAUGGAGGUGGCUACGGAGGCGGCUACGGGGGAGGUUAUGGUGCCAAGCCAUGGAAGCCUAAGCCACCCAAAACCAAUCUGAAGCACAUGGCCGGAGCAGCUGUCGGAGGAGCUGCGGUGGGAGCCCUUGGUGGCUACCUCUUAGGCAGCUCAAUGGCCAAUAUGAACUUUGGAUUUCGCGACCGCUCGGAGGAGAGGUGGUGGUACGAAAACCGUAAUCGCUAUUCCGACCAAGUGUAUUAUCCAAAGUACGACCAGCCUGUUGGAAGAGAAGUAUUUGUGAGAGACUGUGUGAAUAUCACAGUGACGCAGUACAUUGAGUCCACGGGAAACCAAACCUUCGAUGAGAUGGAAAAAAAAGUUGUGCCAAAAGUGGUACAUGAAAUGUGCACGGAGCAAUACCGGCUGAUAUCAGGGGUUGCCCUGUUCCUUGCCAACCCUUCCAUGCUUUUGAUCAUCGUGUUGGCCAUUUGUUUCCUGAUACACUGAGAAGGUACUCCUUCAGCCUUCCCCAGGUUGCUCUCGCAGUGAUGAGAAGGAGUGGGAUCUGAAUGAAGCCGUAUGGCAGGGAGAGGACAUGCUUGCUUAUUUACAAGAGCUGUUACAUCUGCUGAACUCUCUAGCCAAGUUAAUAUAUUCCUUUUUGUAGCCGUCUUUUGAUUCUGUUUUAAGUGAUAAAAAUUAUUUGUAGAGAAGGAGGACAAGAGAUUAUUUUGUUCUAAAGGGGGAAAGCCCUAACCAUCAUGCUAAUCUCAUCACGUUUCAUAGAUAAUCAUACAUAAUUGUGUGUGUGUGUGUAUAUGUGUCUAGAGAGAGAGAGAGAUAGACACAUAUAUAUGCACAGAGAGAGAGAGAGAGGGAUGAAACAUACAAAUCCUACUCCCAUUGUAUUGACUGCCCAGAUAACAGUUUUAUAAUGCUAUUUCAUAUCCUUCCAGAGGGGCUAGAUGUAAAAGGCAGAUUUUUCAGACUAUAUAUUAGCUUCCCCAAGAAUGAGUUCCAGUGUAAUGGAAGAUAUGGGAGAGGGAGGCAGGAAAUGCAAAUGACACAUGUGUACAUUUCAGGGUUUAUGGGAGUUGUAGUUGUAAACAUCUGGAGAGUACUCCAUUGGCUACCUUGCAGUGGGAACAUCUGCAUCUCAUCAUGGAGGAGGAAGUGUAUGAUGCCACUUUUGGCAUUACUUUAAAAAAAAUUAGAGGACCUGUUGUAGCUUGUAUAACUGCCUCAAGAGUGUAGCUGUGACCAAAAAAUGGGAAGUUCACUAAUUAAAGGAAACAUAUACCCCUCCCGUGUUACACAAGGCAUGAAUCUUCUCUGAGGUUUCCAGUUUGAUAAGAUUCCAGAAGCAGAGUCAUUUUAGCCUAAAACUGAGAUGACAAGCAGUGGCUGGAAUUUGGAGAAGUAAAGGGCCCGUAGACCCCCAAAUGGUUGACUUGCAGUCUUGGUUUAGUUCUUUAGAUGACCAAGUUGUUGUGUAGGAAAAGCCAAGUGUUCAUGAGCUGCCUGUGCUUGCUGCAGGUCUCCUAGAUCUUAAGUAGCAAAGAGUGAGACACCCAAUGCAUGCAGAUUUUGUCUGUUUAGUAACAAAAGGACCUACACAGCCAUUGAGCCCUUAAUGUUUAGUUAGUGUAACCCAUUGCAUCUAGAUCUUUCCAGGGGUAGGUGUCUACACUGAUGGGAGUAU